UUCUCAAGUCCCUAAAAGCUAAGACGUCCUCAUGCUCUGGUCCACAUGCCACUGAGAUAAGGAAGACAACCGAUGAUUCCAUAUCUAAAGUCCUAGACUGGUUUAACCGAAGUUCUCAUUCAGAUGACAAGAAAUCAUCUCUCGAAUAUUCCCAAGAAAUAGAGCCCAAAGAAAAAACAGACUCAAAGUCACAGAUUGCUGUUGCCUUGGUGACAGGUGAUACCAGUCAAAAAGAAAAUGACUCAAAGGCUCUGUUAUCCACCAAAGUUCAAUUGACACCUGUGGGAUCUGAUUCAACAUUCCAGGUAGAGGAAAAUAUGCCUUUUGGAAAUGGCAAAAAUGUGAAUAUCAAACCCAAAUCUAUUAAUUUGUCCCCACAAGGCAAGGAAAGUCCAGGCAUACUGCAACCAUUUGAAAUCUCCAGUCCAAAUCAAGAGAGUAAAACUGUGGACUAUAGCCAAGGUUCAAAAAACGUAGGAGAAGGAAUUGGGGUACUUCCUCCAACCAAUAACUACUCCUACAGUGUUUGCAAAGGAUCUCAUGCAGAAGAUCAAGUUCCAUGCAACACUAAGGAUGUUGACAGUUUAGGUGAAGAAGAGCCCAAGCUUUGUGUUUAUGAAAAAAAUAGAAGAAAGUCAGAAGUGAAUUUUGACUCUUCAACAGUUAUCGAACAAUGGAGUUUGAAAGACAACGUGAAGGCAGAGAGAGAGAGCAAAGGAAGAGAUAGUUACAUCCUAAAAGCUUCUUCAGAAUCAGAGACUGUUGAGUCACCCCCUGAGGCUACCAACAAUAAAUCUCCUUGGAAGGAGCCUAAGGUCCAACUGCAAGAAGCAGGUGAGGUUCCCCAAAACCAAGUGCAAAGAGAGAAAUACAAAAGAGUGAGUGACAGAAUAUCCUUUUGGGAAGGUGAGAAAGCUACUGCUAACUUAACUCAUAAAGAACCGACAUCUUCAUUUUGUCAGGAACGACUUUCUGCUAAAGCAUAUCAGCCUGUGAAGUCCAUGGACAAUUUAUCUACAGGCUGUAGUAAAUAUAAUAAUCAAGUCACUGCCAAACAAGUGGUCCUAGAUAAGGAUGGUCAAGCAGCCCAUCUCUGCCAUUUUUAUUCCUCAAAUAAAACUAAAGAGACCAGGCCCCAAAUAUCAGGUCCAUCCAAAAAUGAUCCUUCAGCUGGCCAACCAGGUAAAGUGUCUCUGUUUCAGAGUAAGACAACUGAGCCUAUAAGAAGAUUACCAGUGACAGACAGUUUGCAUUGUGAAAAGGACAUUACUUUUCCACCACUGCAACUUCCUUCAAAUGUUGGGAGUGAAAUACAUACCUCUUUGGAGAAAGACAGAUCUCUGAUUGGUGAAUGGAAUCGCAACUUUAAAGUUAUAUCCCUAAAAGAAAGAAUGGAUGAACCCAAUACAGAACAGGUCUAUAAUCACUCUCAAUUUGAGAAUUUGAGAAAGUUUUGGGACUUAGGAGCCAAUCCAAACAGUCAAGAUAAUAUUGAGAAGAAUACUACCACAAGCCAAAAAAAUCCUGUGCCUUUUAAUAGCCAGAAACGCGAAGAAUUUAGUGACAUUAAAUCAUCAGGAAAAAAUACCCAUGAAAGAGAGACGCUUCUAAGCCAGAAAAAAGUUCCGGAAAGAGAGGAAAUAGAGAAAUUAAAUUCAAAGGGCACACUCCAGGUGUUACCAAAUGAAACCACAUUUCCAUUGAGACCACCCAGAAAGUCCACUCAUCAGUUGCCAGGAUAUGAGUCAUCAAAGGAAAACAUGGGAAAAAAUACAGAAGGGUUUGUUACUCCAGUGUUCAAGGAAGAAAAGGAUUACUCUGACCGAGAGAUUCAAGAAUCCCUCGUGAAAACAAGUGUUUUCUCUAAAGACUACAGAGACGCGUUGAAUGACAGCUUACAGAAGCUGCUUUCAGAAGCCUCGUCACCAGUCAUCCAGCCCUGUGGUGGAAAAGUUCAUAAAAAACAAGCGCUCGAACCAGGUAUUUCUGAAAAUAGGACAUGGCCUCGAAAGACAGACUUUGCUGAUACCGAGGAAGAAGCCAAAAGACCUAAGGAGAUCAUUAAUGAGCAUAUAGACAAAACAGUAGCUCCUCCAAAGGUCAAUUCGAACACUUUGACUGCUAGUCUAGACAAACUCCUGAAGGAAGCAACUGGACCUCCACCCUCUUCCUCGCAAACCAAAUGUGAACCGGCAACCACUAGGAUCGACUCUGAGUCUGAAGAGAGUAGAGUUUAUGAAAAAGGGAUAGAGUGGAGUCAGAACACAUCAGCCUAUCAGAGAGAGAUACUAGCUGCUUUUCCAGAGGCAGGAACUUCGGGAAAUUCAGCUCUCUCCCAGAAAGCUCAAAGCGGUUCAGAAGAAGAACCCAGUCCUGUUUUGAAAACUUUGGAAAGGAGUGCUGCUAGGAAAAUGCCUUCCAAAAGUCUAGAAGAUAUUGCAUCAGAUUCAUCAAAUCAAGCAAAAGUAGAUAAUCUGCCAGAAGAAUUAGUGCGUAGUGCUGAAGAUGAUCAAAAAGCAGAUCAGGAACCAGAUACAAAUGAAUGCAUUCCAGGAAUUUCCACAGUGCCUUCACAACCUGAUAAUCAGUUUUCCCACCCUGACAAACUCAAAAGGAUGAGCAAGUCUGUUCCAGCAUUUCUCCAAGAUGAGAGUGAUGACAGAGAAACAGAUACAACAUCAGAAGGCAGUUACCAGCUCAGCAGACACAAGAAGAGCCCGAGCUCUUUAACCAAUCUUAGCAGCUCCUCUGGCAUGACGUCCUUGUCUUCUGUGAGCGGCAGUGUGAUGAGUGUUUAUAGUGGAGACUUUGGCAAUCUGGAAGUGAAGGGAAAUAUUCAGUUUGCAAUCGACUAUGUGGACUCACUGAAGGAGUUGCAUGUGUUUGUGGCCCAGUGUAAAGAUUUAGCAGCAGCAGAUAUUAAAAAACAGCGUUCGGACCCAUAUGUAAAGACUUAUCUGUUACCAGACAAGGGCAAAAUGGGCAAGAAGAAAACGCUUGUGGUGAAGAAAACGUUGAAUCCUGUGUAUAAUGAAAUACUGCGGUAUAAAAUCGACAGGCAAAUCUUAAAGACACAGAAACUGAACCUGUCUGUUUGGCAUCGAGAUACAUUUAAGCGCAAUAGUUUUCUAGGGGAAGUGGAACUUGAUUUGGAAACUUGGGACUGGGAUAACAAACAGAAUAAACAAUUGAAGUGGUACCCUCUAAAGCGGAAGACAGCACCAGUUGCCUUUGAAGCAGAAAACAGAGGUGAAAUGAAGUUAGCUCUCCAGUAUGUCCCAGAGCCAAUGCCUGGUAAAAAGCUUCCUACAACUGGAGAAGUGCACAUCUGGGUGAAGGAAUGCCUUGAUCUACCACUGCUAAGGGGCAGCCAUCUAAAUUCUUUUGUUAAAUGUACCAUCCUUCCAGAUACAAGUAGGAAAAGUCGCCAGAAGACGAGAGCUGUGGGGAAAACCACCAACCCUGUCUUCAACCACACCAUGGUGUAUGAUGGGUUCAGGCCUGAGGACCUGACGGAAGCCUGUGUCGAGCUUACUGUCUGGGACCAUUACAAAUUAACCAACCAGUUUUUGGGAGGUCUUCGGAUUGGCUUUGGAACAGGGAAAAGCUAUGGUACUGAAGUGGAUUGGAUGGACUCUACUUCAGAGGAAGUUGCUCUCUGGGAAAAGAUGGUAAAUUCCCCCAACACUUGGAUUGAAGCAACCCUGCCUCUUAGAAUGCUGUUGAUUGCCAAGAUUUCCAAGUGAACCCAAAGUCCACUGGCUCCUCCACUGAAAACUACUAAACACGUGGAAUCUGAUCUUAAAAAUGUUACUAUGUAGACAGAGAUCCUCACCUUCUAUCUAUUGCCAUAACAAAUGCUACACAGCAUGUUAAAGUCAACCUGCAUGUACUUCUUUGGUUACAAGGCCCAAGAGACUUAAAUGAUAACAAAACAUGUAAUGUGUUUGUGACUCCAACAUUAAAGAAGAUGUUUGAGAAAGUUAAGAAAAUCAAACCAUUGCUGCUGCUUCAAAGAAAAAGCUGCCAAAAAUAAUUAAAUGUGGGGUGUUGUUAAUGAAAAGAGUUUUCCAAUUUGCCAUCAUGUGUUUCUUUCUUUUUUUUUUUUCUUUCAUUUUUUGGCCAUGCCACAAGACUUGUCGGAUCUUAAUUCCCCGACCAGGGAUGGAACCCACGCCCCCUGUACUGGAAGCGUGGAGUCUUACCCACUGGACCACCAGGGAAGUCCCACCACCAUGUGUUUCAAACCACAGUUUUGUGCUACAGUUAGAAGGGCCUGCCACUUGAUCAUUGAAAACCCUUGCAUGAACUGAAGAAAUGUUGGUUUGUAGAAGAGUGACUGAAAGAUACUCCUACGAGGGGAAAAAAAGGCAGAAUAUCAGUGAUGAUGAAGAAUUUGUUCAUAAGAAAGCUAUUUACUCUGUAAUCUCUAUUGAAAAUGGAAUUCCAUGUUAGGGCAAUGAGACUAUAUUUACUGCGUAUAUUUUUUGCCUUGAGAAACUUUCCCUUUUCCCAGUGUUAAAGUCCCAAAUGUGCUUUGGUGCCACCCACUGGCCAUAGGUGGGAUUUAGUUUUGGGCUUAAUUUUCUCCUAAGAUAAGUCUCAAGCCUGUAUUUUGUAAUAGAGUGCCGUAUAUAAAACAAACCUUGCAUAUAUGAGAUUCUGUUUUUCUUAUAACUCUACUAUAUGAAAAGAGCAUGAGAGUGGUCUCAGACAUGCCUUGCAACAAAGUUUUAAUUAGAAUGUAAAUUGUUAAAUUAUAUUGUACUUCCUGUGUCUGUAUAAUUUUCAUAAAGUAUUUUGUAAAAACCCUUAGAAUAAAUUAUUAUAUGAUUUAAUUGUCAAA